UUUCAUAUGUCCGUUGGUAAAAACUACCCCGCUUUAGAAAAUGGCCGUAGGGAUAGGGCACUUUUCUUGUAGUGAUGACUUUGUCCAUUAAGGGGCCAUCUUCCAUUUUUGGAUAUGCUUCAGAGCCACAAGAGCAAUCAGAGCCAAUCAAAUGCAAUAUGUUUUCAUGGACUUAUAUAUACUGUUGUGGUGAAAAAUAUGGGCACAAAAUGAGGAGUACCACAAGUACUGAAAUCCCAUUGGUUUCUGAGGAUCAACCGCAUGACAACUUAAUGGAAUUUGAAGAAUAUGAAAGCCAAUCAAGUAACAACACCGGAAAAUCAGAACUUGAUACUUAUUUAGAUGAGUUGCGGAUGCCUCUAUCUCAAGAAUUUGAUGUCUUAGCUUUUUGGAAGGAAAGAAGUCGUAGAAGUCCAAAUCUUGCAAGGAUGGCUUGCGAUAUAUUGAGUAUUCCAAUAACAACGGUGGCAUCAGAAUCUGCGUUUAGUAUUGGCGCCCGAGUUGUGAAUAGGUAUAGAAGUUCAAUGAAAGAUGAUUCUGUUCAGGCUCUCUUGUGCGCACGUAGCUGGUUACAUGGUUUUGAAGAAUUAUAUGAUGACAACAAUGAUGUUCAAGAAGAUGGAACUCACGGAAGUGGACAAGCAUCAAAUAGUACUGUGGAUGUUGUGAACCUUGAAGAAGAUUAAGUGACUUUGGGAGUGACUUUUUGGAUUAAAACUUUUGUUAUGUUAUUACUUAUUCUGGAUAAUUAGUAUUUUGAAUUUAAAAUCUUCAUUCUAGAUAAUUGGUGACUUGUGUUAAUGUUACUAUGGAUAAUUGUUAUUAUCUUGGAUCAAUCUUAAUUUAUCUUUUGUUCACUAUUA